GCCAGUUUUGUGAGCUCAGCAUCACGCACAAAACCCCAAAAAGAACCUCAGGAAAGGAAGAGAGGGAUUCUAGGAUUCUACUCUUGGCCACGCGACUAAUUACAAAAUCACCACCACGCAAAUCUCCGACGUCAAAUCGGCCCACUCCUCCGCUUCCAGGUGCUCCCUCCUUCGCGUCAAAUAUGACCGGUCGGGCACAUCUGACCGCCAUCAAUUCCGAUGUUGAACCACUCGUGGCAUCCGCGGACGAUGAGGGUGAUGAGGGCAUCGAUCCCGGCGUAGACCUGUCCGCUUGCAGCUCGUCGACCUCGAUAACAUCCAGCAUCAUGCGCUAUCGCGAAGAGAAUGGAAGGAGAUACCAUGCGUUUAGGGCAGGACGUUACGUCUUGCCGAAUGACGAGUCCGAGAAUGAACGCCUGGAUCUGCAGCAUCACCUCUAUCUCCUGACCUUCGACAAGAGGCUGUACACGUGCCCCGCUGGCGGGGAUAAACCUCUUCAGCGAGUCCUCGAUGCCGGCACCGGCACCGGUAUCUGGGCCAUAGAUUUCGCCGAUGAACAUCCAGAAACACAUGUCACCGGAGUCGACCUCAGCCCCAUACAACCGGACUUCAUUCCACCCAACGUAUCCUUCUUUGUCGACGAUCUGGAGGAUACCUGGACCUUCUCCAGCAAAUUCGACCUCAUCUACGCGCGAAUGCUGACCGGUUCUCUGGCCGACUGGCCGAAAUUCAUUCAGCAAAGCUACGACAACCUCGCACCCGGAGGCUGGCUCGAGAUCUCGGACAUUCUCCUCGAACUCAAGAGCGACGACGGAACGGUGCCCCAGGGAUGCGCCGCCGCCAAGUGGGGAAACCUGAUGCUCGAGGCCGCCGCCAAGUGGAACCGGCCCCUCGAUAGCCCCAAGUUCUACAAGGAGCAGCUGGCCGCCGCGGGCUUCACCAACGUCCACCAGACGAUAUACAAGUGGCCGUCGAGCCCCUGGCCGAAGGACCCUAAGUUCAAGGAGCUAGGGAUGUGGACCUACGAGGAUCUCGGCAAGGGGGCUUCGGGCCUCAGCAUGGCGCUGUUUACCCGCGCCCUCGGCUGGUCCGCGGAGGAGGUGGAGGUGUUCUUGGUCGAUGUGAGGAAGGACAUGAAAAACAAAUCCAUCCACAGUUACUGGCCAGUGUACGCGGUGUAUGCGCAAAAGCCUGAGUCGACGGCCGGAAGUUAGCACUGGGCCAUUGGUUGGGGGUUACGGGACACGACACGACUUGGAGAUUAUGAGAUCAUGACCGGGGUUAUUUGAAAAAGAAAGGGAAAAAUACAAAGAUGCCAAGUUGGAAGUCUGGUGUUCACUGGAGGGCUGAAAAUUGGACAAAGGGAAAACGUGCAUCAAAGCUACACUGCAAUACCUAUCAUCUAUCAUAGAGUCCUUCCCUAUUGCAGAAUUUACAUCAGACCCGUCCAACCGUGUAGGACUGUAUUCAGAAAUGGAGGCUAGAUAAGGA